AUGGCGCUUGCCAUUGUGGCAGACGAGCGAAUGGAAAAGCGAAGGUGGGGAAACGGAAGUUGCGUAUUUCACUCUGACUGGUCUUACGCUUCAAGUGCUUCUUCUUCUUCUUCUUCUUUUGCAUCAUCAUCAUCAGCAGCAGCAGCAGCAGCUAGUUCUUCAUCUGCCGGUUGUGCAAGUGACAUAGAGAUGUCCGCAACAACGCCACUUGCCACCAGCACUAACAGUAAUACUAACAAUAACAACAACAACAAAGUGCAGCAGAGUGCAACGGCGGCGAAAGAGCAGCUUAAGUGCGACAAUGUAGAGCAGCAGCAAGCGGCUGGCAAGUCAACAGCAGCGGCCAGCAAAGCGACCGGCAAUGCUGCCAUAGCCGCUGCCACCGCUGCUGCCGCCACUAAUGAUCUAGCCACCGCUGCCGCUGUGGUGCUCUCGCUGCAGGGCACGAUGGUCAGCAGCCUGCAGCAGGCAGCCCUGCUGCCGGCCAACUCGGCAGCAGCAGCAGCGCUUAAUCUUCAGGCGUUGGAAUCCUAUUUGACGCUGCAGCGUCUAACCGGCAAAUCGGAUGUGUUUCGCUUCAACAGCGGCAACAACAGCACCAACAACAGCAGCAGCACCAGCAUCAGCAACAAUAGCAACAAUACAAGCAGCAAUCAUACAAACAGCAGCAGCACCGAUGCUGACAACAAUUUGCUGCCCGCCUCGCUCAUUGACAUUGCCGGCAUUGAGCUGAAAUCCUCAUCCUCUUCGUGCUCCUCCUCCUCGCUGUCCGCCCAGGCCAGCAACAGCGCAGCUAGCACAGCAACAGCAGUAAUGAGCAACAGCAACAACACUUCCAAAUGCAUACCACCGCUGCCUUCCAUAAGCACCGUUACGGCGGCUGCUGCUGUUGCCGCUGCCGCUGCGGCCGCAGCUGCUGCUGCAGCGAAUAAUCAGGCAGCCGCUCUCGAUUGCGCAACAGCCGCUGAGCUGGCGGCCGAAUGCGAUUUACCGCUUCUAGACGGCGAGGAUGCCUUAUCCUUUGAGGCUGCCGAUCUGGACAGCAGCUAUGGCAGCUUCAUCUUCAAUGCCAGCGGCGUAGGCUCCUUUGGCAGCACAGCGGAUGGCGGACAUGCCGAUACAUCGGUGCAUUCGCUGCAGGCCACCAUGUAUCAGGAUAAGCUCAGCGUUAUGGCUGGCGAUGCGUUGGAUGUGGCUGUGGGUGCCGCGGGAACAGCAAAUAAUGCGACAGCUGGUGCUGGCAAUGCGGCAGCUGCCGCCGCUGCUGCUGCCGCUCAGAGAUCCAAGAAGCAGUUCAUCUGCAAGUUCUGCAACCGGCAGUUCACCAAGUCCUACAAUCUGCUCAUACACGAGCGCACCCACACAGAUGAGCGUCCCUAUUCCUGUGACAUAUGCGGCAAGGCCUUUCGCAGACAGGACCACCUUAGAGAUCAUAGAUACAUUCACUCCAAGGAGAAACCGUUCAAGUGUGCGGAAUGUGGCAAAGGAUUUUGCCAGUCUCGCACGCUGGCCGUGCACAAAAUCCUGCACAUGGAGGAGUCACCACACAAGUGCCCUGUCUGCAAUCGCUCCUUCAAUCAGCGCUCCAAUCUGAAGACCCACCUACUCACGCACACCGACAUCAAGCCCUACAACUGCGCCUCCUGUGGCAAAGUUUUUCGUCGCAACUGCGAUCUUCGACGUCACAGUCUCACCCACAAUCUGUCCGCUACGGGCGGGAUGGGCGGUUUGCCAGGCGUGGCUGGCCUCAGCGAUUUGUUUGGCACCACCAAUAGCAAUUCCGAUCUAUCGCUAUCGGUUGUGCUGCCAUCAUCCACAUCGACGACAAGCGGGGCGGGCAGCACGAGGGACUUGGUGGCCGUCACCGAUUGAGUUUGGCGAUUACUUAUGUGAUGUACUGAGAACUGAUUACUCAACUUUUUAUGGAAUAAUGACAACCGGUGUUGUGACAUUUGCUCGAAAAAUCUCAAUACUGUUCAAGCUAAUUAGUACGUUUGAAUCCCUCCACACUUCGUCUGAUCUGUGUUGUCUACUCUCGUUGCCUUUAAGUUGCUUACAGCGCAUUUAAUCUAGCCUAAUUAGACUUAGGUAUAUACGUAUAUACUCGUACUCGUAUAGAAUAGUAUGUUGUAGCUCUAUACUUUAGCUAAUGAU